UUCUCUCACAUAAUCUACACAUGAACGGCCAUGCACAGCGCGACUAUUUCCCCUCAAAACCGUUACCGUCCCCCGCCAAAGACGACUUGCCGCCAAUACCCUUCGAGAACGAGCCUGACAACGGCUGGCCUUCUCCUGGUCCGCAUGUUCCACCGAGGACUCCUGGCGACAGGGUGAACAGCGCUCCCCGAGGUAAAUUCGCCGGCUUGUCUCCCAUUGACCCUUCGGCCCUAAGUCCUCACGAUGGCCCAGGCCAUUUUGUGUCUGCAAUCACUCCGAUUAGCCCGGUGGACCCCUCUGCACAGCAGUUCCCGGUGGCCGAUGGCAGGACAAAGAAGAAGCUCAAUCCACUGACUGACCUCGUUGAGACCGAGAAGAUCUAUGUCGAUUUGUUGACAGGAAUAAUGCGGAAAGUUGCAUCGGCAUGGUCAAGACAGAACCUUCCACCGCCUGAGCUUGACAAAAUGUUCCGCAAUAUUGAGAGCAUCUACAAGGCUAACCGCGCGUUGCUCAAUAAACUGAGAGAAAUUGGCGCGAACCCUUCAUCACCCAAAGCGCUCGGAGAUCUUUUGAUGAGAUGGAUUGAAGACCUUGAAGCACCUUACACACACUACGCAGAGACGUAUGCCUCUGGCUUCGAUGAUUGGCAGCCCGUACAGUCUAAUGAGAGGCUACCCACGACCCUGGCUAUGUUCUCCUCCUCUAACCCUCCCCCACUGCUGUCAUCAUCACCAGAGCAUCCGUCAGAGCCACCAAUAUGGACUUUAGACGAGUUGUUCCUCCUUCCGAAGGGGCGAUUGCGCUAUUACAGAAAGCUGUACAGCCGGUUACUCAAGAGCACGACUCCUGGACGUAGUGACCAUCGCCUACUGACUGGUGCCCUUGAGAAACUGGAUCAUUUGUUGUCUGUGACUGAUCGAAGGGCGAUCAUCAAGGUCUGGGGCGAUAACGUGCCGCCACCCGCACUCGAGCCUCCUCCGAUGGAAGAUGAAGUGGUUAUUGACCUCCGGACCAGGGACAGUACACUGCCACUGGACAUCCCAUCGAACCGUGGAAGUGGCUCUACUCAGGGCACAGGUGGUCGUAGCAUGAGUGCCGUCUCGCAAGACACUGCUGCAUCCUUAGUGGAUGCCGAUUUCACUGCCGGCUCGUCGGCGCCUCUUCCCGUGAACGAUCUAGAGCGUCGGCUCUCGACCGAGCGCACAUUGGAUAUUUUCACCAUGCAGCCAAAGCAAGUCAAGCUCCAAAUCUCUCCCCCUGUCCUUCAUUACACUCGCGAGAUAUUCGCUUCCGUCGACGUCUACAUGCAACUUACUCCCCGUUCCACUGGCAUUGAGGUUUCACAACAACGAGGACACGUCUACCUACUGACUGAUCUGCUAUUGAUGUGCGAACACAUGUUGCCGCAAGAGGUAGCUGAGCGUGGUCCCAACGGUCCAGAUAUGUGGCUUCUCUACCCGCCGCUGGCUGGUAAGCACGUGCGAGUUGAGGAGGUAGAGGGAUCCACAACCGCGAUCGCUGUCAUCAUCUUACGGAAAGAAACGGUCAUAAUGCAUACCAAGUCACGGCAAGACCGUGACCGGCUGUUGCAUGAAUUCAGGGAGUGCAUUGACCGGGCUUCAAUUCUCGUACCAGUGAAGAACCAGCAACCCCCACCUCCGGUGCCGAAGCUCCCCGAACAGGGCGAAAUGUUUCAAAGCAACCAACACUUCGGCAAUGGACCUCAGUCGCGACCAUUCUCACCGCCAGGCAAUAUGCCUUCUCAAUAUCAUUCCGGGGAGCGCGUGCAGUCGCCUCCUGUCGACGACAUGUCCAGGAUGAAUGUCGGAGGACCACAAGCCCCAGGAGGCCAGCAUGGUCAUUACGGGCCGCCACCGCAUCCUGGAGGUGGACCGUACCCUCUUCGAUCAAGUUCCACUGGCCAACCUGAAAGCCUUGAGUCAUCCUUUGGGCCAGGUCAAAUCAUACCUCCUGGCCCUGGCCAAUACAUGCCCCCACGAUCUCCUGGUCCUGGCCAAUACAUGCCUCCACGAUCUCCUGGCCCCGGGCAAUAUAUGCCUCCGCGAUCUCCUGGCCCUGGACAGAGGAUUCCUUCCGGCCCUGGACAGCAUAUGCCUCCCCCAGGCCCCGCACAGAUAAUGCCGCCCAAUGGAGUUGGACCUGGACAGGCCACAAAUCCGGGACCGAGCCAAAUGCUCGCUGCUCAAUCUAUGCCUGGGCAAGUCGCUCUUCCGCCACGAGGUACCAGUCAGCGUGCUCCGAGCAUGCCCCCUCCCCAAGGUUAUCCUGGUUCACAGUACCCACCGGGUUCCAUGUCGAGGGCGGCGUCUCCGUAUGGUCCCCCGAGAUCGCGUCCUCCUUCUGACCGCUCCUCAGGAUCGCUUCGCAAGUCUAGCUCAUCACAUUCACUAGCAUCCGAAUUUGAGCGCAGGCAGCACAGUGUUCCUGGUCCGCAUCCACCUGUUCCCGGCAUGCCAGGUGGCCUUCCUCCUCCGAGCCGACCAUUCAUUGCUCGCAGCGGCUCGUCAAGUUCAUUGUCAAGCCUUGGUGCCGGCGCACCACUCAAGCUCGCCCUUCCGUCUGCCCAGUUCAGUAUUAAGUCGAUCUCAUCCUUCGCCGACCCGAGUCCGCCAACGUCCCCCGUGGAGGAGACGCCGAAGCGUACAGGUCCUACAACGUCCUCGGUCACAGCGCAGAUGAAAUGCAAGGUGUUCCUGCAGGAGCACCACGCCAAGUGGAAGAGCCUCGGCGCUGCGAAGCUGAUGCUCUACCACGAGUCGCCGACGAACAUUAAGCAGCUCGUCGUCGAAGCAGACAGCAAUAAGAAGACCGUGCUCAUCUCGACAAUCAUCGCCGAGGACGGCGUCGAGCGCGUCGGCAAGUGCGGCGUCGCGGUCAACCUUACAGACAAGGGUGUGUUUACGGGCGUGGUCAACAUGAUACAGACGAAAGGCGAGAAGGACGCGAGCACGCUGUUCAACGCGCUCCUUGCGGGCUCGGUCCGGUCGGAAGUGCGAACGUAAGGCGAGAAGGAAGGUACCCACGCGCAUCUGUAUGCCCCAUUCAUGUGGAUCUUGGAUUUGGACUCUUCAUAGUUUCUCACUCUUUCUUUGCUCACGGACAGGGUCUCUGCUCUCUAUAGGGUUCUGAUGCAUGACAAGUACUCUAGAUCUCAUUAGUCGCCGCAUUUAUCACCGUCUUCCUCUCUUCUAUAUUGGUUCUCAGAUGUCCAUGUGAUGAUUGAGGUGGAGCCGGGCUGAGCAACCACGGGAGUAUUCCACGUGAGCUCUGCACUGAGAGAGAUGUGGUCGCUCCCGCACACGUCCUGGCGAGGCAGGCCGGGGACGAGCUUUCCUUCCAAGAACGGCUCGGCGAGUCCAACGACGCUCACUUGCCUAUCCGGAGGAUCGAGCACAAAGAUGUAGUCUAAGACAGUCUUCCAAUAGUGUGUAUAACUGGUCCACACCGGCUCGAAGGCCCCACGCCUCCCGUCCGGUAGUUUAACUCUGCUCCCAUACGCGAGUCCGUCUCGAGCCUUGCCAUCUGCGGCGCGCAGACCCUUGUCGUACGCGCUGAUCGGCCGCGUGCUGCGCGCGAACAGUGUGCGAAGCUCGUCGUCGGAAAGCAGGCCGUCCGCGGGCCCCGCUGCUCGCGCGUUCGUGAUCACCUUGUCCGGGUCGGACUCAGCGGCCUCUGCGCCCUCGUCGUCCUGCUCGUCCGCCUUGGGCGCUGUCACAGGGACGGAGGGGUCAAUGCUCCGGUGCACGACGCGCGAGAACUCGAGGUUGGCGGACUGCCGAGAUAGAAGGGCAUCGCCAACGAGGAGAGAAUAGGCGGCGUCGUCGGGCUGAAAGUUGAAGUCGCCAGCAAUAAUGCAAGGCCACGACGAUUGGCCCAGCUGCUCUCUGAAUAUAGAUAUUUCGCGGAACAAGAUGCCAGUUUGGCGUGCACGUUCGUACGUAUAUCUAGGGUGCCAGAACAAGUGCGUGGUUCCAACAAAGAAUCCUUGGUCGCUGUCCCGCCGCUUCAAAGCGACAAGGUUCGCGAUGUUCUUAGUGUAGAAGCUGCUGCCUCUGCGGCACCUUUCAUCUCCGUCUUCGCGUACUUCCUGUUCGUCGUAGAAUACACAACGAUCAUCUGCUAUCUCAAAGUUAUCUUUGCUGAACGCGAUAAGACUGCCGUGCUUUUUGCGGGGGCCCGUUUUGUAGACAAACGCGUAGCCGGCCUCUGCCAGCACUGGGAAGAGCUUCUCGGUGCGAUCUACUUCCUGCAAACAGUAUAUAUCGGCUCGGUGAGACAGGAUCUCUUUGUAGAGCAUGUGCUCACGCUGCGACGCUUUGAGACAGUCACUCGUGGGAAAGAGCUCUCGUCGAACCAGACACUGCGCAAGCAUCUGACGGGACAGAUAUCAUCAACGACGAAUGUGGAGUGUUUGAGGACAGAGACCGACGUUCCAGGUCGCAACUUUAACGACCCGUGCGCCGUCUGUAGGUUCUUUCAGCUUUAUCCACUGGCGGUCGAGUAUCUGGCCCCUUGGGUCCAACUGCUUUGCGGCUUUCGCCUUCGCCUUCUCCCGUUCUAG